UCAAAUCUUUGUCUGGAACUGAGAAUUAGAAAGCAAGGACAAUGUCAAUGGAGUGACUACAAGUACAAGCUCAGUAUUCCAGAGUUUGUAAAAGAAAUGCUCAGGUCCGCUCUGCGGGACGUUGUUACUAGUAUGUAGAAAAGGUUGUUGACGUAGCACCGAAGCGAGGGUCAUCUGAUAAUGCGGCGUUUACUGCCCGACUUCUCCUCACCGGAGCAGCGCAAUGCGCUGGGUUAUGCUGCUACAACGCUGGCAGCUUCCAUGAUGAACUCCAUAUUCCAGUUCUACUAUGUGAAGUUGUACUUGGAUGUUUACAGGUUAUCGUCGGGUUGGUUUCAAGCCGGACAGGUGAUCUUUCUCGUGUGGAACGCCAUCAACGAUCCCUUGUUUGGCUGGUUGCAGGACACAUCCAAGGUCUCCUGGUUAUCAGAUCGCAAGAAGAACAUUCUGUAUGGUGCUCCGUUGUUUGUGCUUAGUUUCCUAGUUCCUUGGUUUCCUCAGUAUCUUCAUGGUGUGCCUAUGUGGGUGCUCGGAACACACAUGGUUUUGGUUCUUUGCUUCUAUGACACCAUGUUCACUUUCGUUCUCCUAGCUCAGUGUGCACUCUUCACUGAGCUGUCACCAAACCAGGAAGAUCGGCAGCGACUCGUCAAGUACAGUCAGGUGGCAUCCAUAGUUGGUUCAUCGAGUGUCUACUUUUCACAGGUUAUAUCGAGUAAUGCAACAGACGUGUCCCGUUUGUCCACGUUUUGUGUGGUCAUUGCCGUUCUCAGCUACUGCUUCCUGUACUUGUCUGCAAAGAACAUGAGCCCGGCGGUGAUACGAGACUCCAGCGCUGCCUCGUCUCUCUCUGGUCACAAUGAUGCUACCUCUACUGCGGGAGACGCUGCAUCAUUCUAUACGUGGUUGUCUCAGGUCAAGCAGAUCAUGAAGCAACCGAAUUUCCUGUUGUUUGUGGGCAUGAAUUUCUGCCAGAUAUUCCACACUACGUUCAGAAGCAAUUUCUUUGCAGUGUUUGCCGAUCACCUCAUCGGACUACGGUUUGGAGUGGAGUUUCUUCAUUUUAUCGCUGGUCUGGCCUAUGUCCUACCACAGGUGGUAGUCCUACUGGCUGGUACGGCCCUAGCUAGAUGGGGCUCCUACAAUUUGGUGAUGUGGUCAUUCGUCUUCAAGGUGGUGGCAUCAUUAGCAAUGUUUGUUGCUGGUCGCCAUGCCCUUCUCCUGUUGGCUGUUUUCUUUGUUCUUGAUCGAGGAGUAGCUGAGGCCACCUUCUCUCUAUUCAACCUGAGCCUGUCUGAUAUCAUUGAUGCUGACUCAUCAAGACAUCGACGACAGCAGCCGUGUUCUUCAACAGUGUUUGGUUUGAAUGCACUGUUCACAAAGCCAGCACAAUCCCUGGCACCUAUCUUCACUGUGCAGAUCAUGGAUAUGUAUGGAUACACGCGUGGCAUAGGAUUGACCGCCAUGGAGGGCGCUCCAGCCGCAACAUUGGCCGAUGGCAUGUUUCUAUUAUUGUGCGGUCUACCAACGCUGCUUGGUGCCAUCCAGCUGCUUCUGUGGAAGUUUUACACGCUCCGCUCCACUCAUACAGCUUCCCUCCUCUUGCCCACAGAUGUCAGAUGAUAUGAUGACAUACACCGUUGCAAUGGUGAUGUCACCACAGUAAACAGCAAUAUCACUACUGCUCACGGCGAUAUCACCACGUCACACGGUGAUGUCACCAAUAUACACGAUGAUGUCACCACUUCACACGUGAUGUCGUCAUUGCACGUGGUGAUGUCCUCGUUGCAUCAUCUUAAUGUCCUCCAGUAGCGUUGUUGAGAGUCACAUGCAUAUCCAGUGAUAUUACUACGAAUUGUAGAAUGCGCUUGCAAUCGCUCUGCGGUGCUAUGGUGACUGAACUCUAUGUUGUAGUCAUAGCAACAUCUAUGGUGACAUCAUACUGGCCUUCGGUUGAUGUCAUUCAACCAUAGUGCAGUGAUCCCGCCUUUCAGCCGAGUACUGAUAUUGCCACUCGGAUCAUGCUGGCGUGUGCUUGGCGUGCCUGUAGCCAAUCCACUCCACGACUGCUGUUUAUCCACGACUGUCAAUCCACGACUGUCAAUCCACUACUGUCUAUCCACUACUGUCCACCCACUGCAGUCAAUCCACACCAGUCAAUCCACUGCUAUCUAUCCACUGCUGUUUAUUCACUACUAUCUAUCCACUGCUGUCUAUCCACUGCUAUCUAUCCACUGCUGUCUGUGCAGUACAGUCAAUCCACUGCUGUCUGUCCAGUGCUGUCUGUGCAGUACAGUCAAUCCACUGCUGUGUACUGUGUAAAUACAUGCCUGUACCAACACAAGCUCACUGCUACAAGUAAUAAUUUUCAUGCUACACUGCACUUCAUAUACGUUUUGUGCAAGCCACUUUCACUGCUGGCCAGUUAUUUUGUUAGUAGCAUCUAUGCGUGCAAGCCGUGCCUUGCAGCACAGUGCAUACCAGCAUCCACUCGUUUACUCCGCAGCUCCUGACUGGUAUGUACUUUUAUCUUUUUCACGCCUGUCCGCAUGGUUUGCCCCUUUUUUCCAUGAUUCAGCAACACCAUCACUCUAUGGACACAACACCGUAUCCAUAACGACUACGUAUCCAUAACAACUACGUAUCCAUGACAACAACGUAUCCUGUACCCAUGGCGUGGUGGCCAUUCUAUGACCCUGUCCUAGCAGCGGGUGUCGAUGCAGCAUUUGCUGUGCAUAUGUUAUGGUGUCACUGUG